AUGACCCCCGCCGAGCUGCUCCGCGCCCAGCUCGAGGAGCACAACAUCGAGGUGAUCCUCCCUCCAUUCCGACCCCCCUCCCCUGACUCCUCCCCGAUUUUGCGCCGCGUCGACCGAAAUUUUCUUCGCCUCCCAUGCCUGCUCGGGCCCUGGAUCGGCGCGUUCCGUUGCGGUGUUGGCGUUAGGGCGCUAGAUCUCGUCCGUCGAUGUCGCCUAGGUCGCACAGCUUUGGUCGGAGAGAGCUGUGCCGUGGCCAGCCUGAGGGGAGAUGAGCCUAUCGUUGAGGAUGAUGAUGACGACGAUGAGGACGAUGAUGAGGAUGAGGAUGAAAAAGAUGACGAUGGAGUUGAUGCUAGUGGAAGAUCUAGGCAGAGUAGGAGCGAGAAGAAGAGCAGGAAAGCCAUGGAGAAGCUUGGCAUGAAGGCCAUUACUGGUGUGAGCCGUGUAACUAUCAAGAAGAACAAGAGCGUUUUGUUUGUCCUCUCCAAGCCAGAUGUCUUCAAGAGCUCAAACUCAGAUACCUACGUCAUGUUCGGGGAGGCCAAGAUUGAGGACCUGAGCACUCAGCUGCAUUCACAAGCGGCGGAGCAGUUCAAGGCGCCGAGCCCGAGCAGCGUCAUCUCGAAGGGCGAGCUGUCCAUGGCAGCAGCCCAUGACGACGAGGAGGUUGAUGAGACUGGUGUUGACAAGAAGGACGUUGAGCUCGUGAUGACGCAGGCCUCCGUGCCGAGGUCCAGGGCUGUGAAGGCACUCAAGGCUGCGGGCGGUGACAUUGUCAGUGCCAUCAUGGAGUUGACUAACUAG